AUCUUCUUGCACGCAUUGAAGAAUCAUCUUGAUCUCUGUAUUUGCACAUUAACUUCUACAACAUGAACACGAUUCGAUCCACCUGGGUAGGAUGGGGCACUCUUUGUGUUGCCGGCGGCGGUGCCUACUACUUUGCGAAGAAAUCCAUCAACUCCGAGCGUGCAUCUCGGUAUGAAGCGGAAGUCAAGCGGAAAGCGCAGAUGGCUGCCCUGGAGGCGGAGGAUCGACGGAAGGCUGCCACACUUGGAGCGACACCGACAUCUUCCGGGUCCGCCGGCCUGAACCGAGGCAACAUCCCGCGCGGCGAAAACGCCGCCGACAACACCAACUCACCGAGUGUAGAGGCGAGUCUGGAUCCCGCUCCUACUCGACACGAGCCCCUCACCGAGGCCGAACGGGUAUCAGAAAAGGGGAAGUAUGAGGCGGCCCGGCCUUUCCGACCGCCCCCGGGCAACCGAUUCAGCUAAGCAAUUAUGCUUGCAGGGUGCCAGGUGCCAAUUUUGCCACUGCCAUCUCAGUAAUGAGGGAGGUCUGGCGCUGUAUCAUAAAACCAGAGUUUUGCUGUUCUCCGAACGUGCUAGCUGCUAG